GCCUAUCCCUCCGGUUUUCGGGGUUAUGAGCAUCUCACAAUCGUUGCUAGCUUUUACUCAGCCCGUUGGCCGAUUAAUUUGCUUUAUAAAAAUUUCAUCUUGUCAUCAUUGUGCUUUCUGGUUUUUUGCCAAGCCAUGAUAAAAUCUAAAGAAAUCAAGAAUGAACAACACGGACUCACCUGCCAAACUCGUUUGGAUUGAUUUUUAUCGGGUAUCAGGGAACCAUGUGAUUAUAAAUUAGACUUGAUCAAAACGGGCAAAAAACUUGAAAUUCAGCCUGUCUGACCGACCCAUGCCAAACUCUAAUUAUUUACUUUUAAACUUUCUAUUUGAAAAUAAAAAAUAAUGAAAGAAAAGAGAUGACUGCAAUUCGCCAUUUGCACAUCACUGAUUCGGGAAUAAGACUAUCGAAUUUCAAAAAGAAACUGAAAAUGUUUAGGAUCGUUUUAAUAUUAAAAAUAACCAAAUAGAUCUUUCUGUUUAGUUUUUUACAAACAAAUACCAAACGAUUCUCUAUAAUAUACACGAGUAUUUAAUCAUUAUGAUAUUAAAUAAUUACACAAUAUAUUUGUAAUGAUAAAAAUUGGACUAAUUGGGUUGGUCGAGGUUGAACCAUUGAAUAACUUUAAAAUACAUUAUAUUUUAGCCACUAAGAUAUAAAAUAAUAGCAUAAUAUAUAUUAUGCUAGAGAAAAUAGCUUGUUUUAGAAUGGCAAACCCAUGAUGUUCAUUUGUUUUACUUGAUGGGCAAAUCCCAUGCAGGUCAGACCCAUUCAACUCUUUUAUUUUAUGAUUAGCGGUUAGCCCAUUAGAAUUCAUGCAUUAGUUUACUGUUAAUUUUUUUUCUUUUUAGCAAUUAAAAGGAGGAUUUUUUUUUCCUUUUCAUAUAUAUUUUACCACCACGGAGAAAUAAAAGGACUUAAAGAAAAAUAUUGACACUCCUAGACCCGUUUAAAUCCGCCUGUGUACAGUAAGUUGGCCCGUUCAACUCUUCCGUUUGUUCCCAAUCGUCACUAUCUCUAAUCUUGCUAAAUCUUCCUUUUAUUAAAAAAAAUUAAAAGGCUUUGUGUUUUUGGCUUCCACGUAAGUUUUCCUUAAAAUCUAGCAAACUGUCUCAACCCAAAACCGCCUCCUACUAUCUCGCCCUCAUCUGCCCGUUAACAACCCCUAUUUUCCACCCUCCCCUUCCACCUUUUUCUCUCAUCGUUGGCCACAACGGUUCCUUCUUCCCAAAUCUUCAAACUUUGCAUCUCCGUCGGUAACCGCAACGUCAAAAUAUGAAAACCUGCAAUUACCUUUGCCAGUACAAUGAAUCAGCCACUCGACCGAUGCGACAUGAUUUGAUAGACGUUUCUUUCGAUUCAAUCCCUACUCUAUCGGAUUAUAAUCCAAAGAUUUCACAAGUCGGAAGAGAGUCGUACGUACUAUAUUCGGCAGAUCUACGGGAGUUGAAAAGAGGCAAAUUGGCUUGCAGUUUUAAGAAAUCGAGAAGAAGCGAUUAGAGUCGGCAAAUAUAAGUGAAAUGAGAAAGUAGAGCAUGCAAAGCAAAAGACAAUCUCAAUUCCAACAAAGAUAUAUAUUUUCUCUUCAGUCUCAUUGGUUGCCCUAUAUGGGUGUGGCGGUCUAUGCUCUUAAUCGGUCUGUCUUAUAAAUUUUUCUUCUCCAUUUUUAUGGCUUCUACUCUUCAUCCAAUUUGUCAAUGCUGAAAAUUCUUUUUAUUUUAACAUUAUUCCUUCAAUUCAAAUUCACUUCUCGGGUAAUAGAAGGGUACGUAAUUGAUGUUUCAAAAUCACAAUUGUGAUGGAAGUUACAUCGAUCGAGGACAUUCAAUCUCUAUUUUUUCUUUGUUUUUUGCGUUGUUGCUUCAUGUUGAUUACUCAAACUGUGUCACAAUCCUCUUCUGCGGUUGGUAUUGAUUUGCAGUAGCUGUAGUGUUGGGUUAAGUCGCUAAAUGAAUUUUGUUUCCCCAAUUCAAGAGAUUCAAUUCGGACCUCUUUGGGUGAGAAGAUUUUGAGUAUACCUUAUGUUUUGCUGAGUUAUCUCUUCUUGAAAGUGGUUAAAUUUUGGAUACCUUCCCCACAUUUAGACUGUAGUAACGUUGAUGUGUCAACAUAUAUGGAUGAACUGAUAGAGUGUGUAUGAUUUAGGUCGAUGGGGAUUUUGGUUUCAUUUAGUUCUAUGCCCAAACAAGCAACGGUCUCUAUGCUAGUUUCAAUUUACUGUUAAUUAUUUUUUAUCACAUCUUGUUAUUUACCUCAAUCUUACCGUCUUGCUUUCCAAUCCCUUAAUGUAUAUGAUCAAGUUACUUUGUCUAAUUCUGGGACUUGCUCUUAAUUUCUAAAUAUGCGACCAUGACAACAGAAGCUAAACCAUACCCUAACCAACAGUGAGCAGCAUGUGAUCUGAAGAGAUCUAUAUAGGUGAUAAACCGUUAAUUGAACAUGUUUUUACCCCUAUUCUUGAGCCAUUUGAGAUAUUGAUUCUCGUAUUUUAGGCCGAUUUCACGCUAGGUUGUGCUUGUUUGUGAUAUUUCAGGUCCUAGUACGUGAAUGAAAGUUUGGGAGCGAGUUCGGGGUCGAUUGGACGAAGAUCGGACAUGUGGCGAGUCGCUGAGGAAGCCACACGGGCACACAUAAAACCCACACGACCGUGUAAGGAACCAAUGUGGCCGUGUGCAGUGGCGGAGCCAGAAAAUUUGUCAAGGGGGUGCUUGUUCAUGUAAUGAAAAAAUUAACUAUACAAUAAAAAAGUCAACUUUAAAUGAAAAUAUGAAGUCAAUAACAUAAUACUCAAGAUUCGUACAAUUACAUAAUAAUAGUUAUACACACAUCGCCUAUAAUGAAUCUCGACGAUUGUAUGCACGGUUGGGGAAAAGUUGCAGCUUGCUUGCUACCUCGUGAUUACGUCUCUUCCAUUUCCGGAGAUGGAGAGCUUGGAGGGUGGACUCGCCGCCGUUGGAGGAUAGAAGCUUGGAGGUCGGCGAGUGCACUUGCAGCGCCUCUGCUGCUGGGUAGAGGAAAACGAAAAUGAAAUUGGGGUUUCUGCCUUGCUGGGAUUGACGAUAGUGUUUUGAUAUUAGGACAGAUAAUUAACGCUGAUAUAACUAGAUGUGUGUGUCAAAUAAAUUAAAAUCCUCUUCUAGCCGAGAUGGUGAGAUUGCUCCGUGUGAAUCAUGUGGUCAGAGGUUCGAUCCCCAUCUCCCACUAUAUAUACUCAAUAUUUUUUUGCCCACAGCCAAGGGGGCUGCAUGCACCCCCCCUCCCUUAGACGUAGCUCCGCCACUGGCCGUGUGGGAUUGUGCGAGGCUUUACACGGGCAGACUGGAGAUCCUACAAGACCGUGUGUCCCUAGCCGUGUAGGUAGCCUGAAGUCCAAUUAAUCGAAACUCGGCAUUUUGACUCUCACACGGGCAUCUGGGUAAGCCACACGGCCGUGUGGCCUGCCCGUGUGAGUCGGGAAUUCUGGUUUUAACCCAAUUUCGAGCCACAAGUGAGAAAAUCGACUUUUGAGAGCAAAAACAGAGCCCUAGAGAGAGAAAGUGCGAAGAACACAUCCUAGAAGCGAUCUUGGAGCUGGGUUUCAUCAAAUCGAGCUUGGAGAUCAUCAUAGGAGUGAAAAUCAUCAUCCCAGAGCAGAUUCUUCCCAUCGUUAUGAGUAUGACUGCUUUGUAUUCCGUUUUCCCCUCUCUCUCUCUCUCUAUGGAGUAGAACCCUUCUCUCACUUGGGUAUGAAGAACCCUAGUUCCAUGUGUUAUGGAUCAUGAUUGUAAUGACUUGGGAUGAUUAUAGUGUUUGGUUUUAAUCGAAUGAUGCAUGAUUCAUUGAAUUGAUUGAAGUCUGACCAGCUUUUCUUGAUUUCUGCUGCAACCUGAGAUAGAUAGAAUCUGAUUAGGUUGUGAGAGCUUCUUCAUUCGGUAGUAGUAGAUUGGCUAUACGAGAGUUAGUCAGUCUGCUGCUUUGUACUGGAAUCCAAUUCCAGUAGUGGAGUUCUGUGCUUAUUGCUUCAGCUUUCUAUCCCGGUGAAGACUAGUCGUCUGCCGGGUAGUUAGACUGAGAGGGCUUGGUCAGCUUAAGAGAUUCCAAGCUACUGUCGGAACUUCCGCAGUUUAAUCAACAGUAAAUCAACCCAGGGUAAUUACAACUGAGACCUAACUAAGGAGCUAGGGGGACUCAUUCCCGAGUGACUCUUUCUUGCUUCAGAAAAUCGAAUCAAUUCCUGCUUUCUUUCUGCUUUCAGUUAAUAUCAAAAUCAAUCGACUUAGUUUGCUAGAUAAUAGACAAUUUCCGCACGGCCAGUUGUGCUUUUCACACUGCCGUGUGGAAAUCCUCGGCCUGACCGUGUCGGCCCACACGGGCACAUGUGCACCUCACACGGCCGUGUGAGUUUGCCUGUGUGGCCGAGCCCUACCUCUAUAAAUUUGGCCGACACGGCCGCGUGGUCAGAAAAUUCAAAUCCUCUCGCCGGAAUCCUCUCCCCCUCGCCGGAAAACCGCGACCUUUCGCCCUCUUUGGCAAUUUUCGGCGAUUUUCGGUCGGUUUUUCACCAAACCACCUCCACACCCAUCCUUUUCUCCCCAUUUUCGGCCUAUCCCUCGACUUUGAGGCGAUUUGGACCGAUUUUGAGUAGCCGGAGGCAAUUUCCGAUGAGACUCCGGCGAGGCUCCGACGAGCACUUCUGGGCAGAUUUUGGCCACUUCGUCGCUUCCAUUGCCUUCCCCUCAUCAUCCCCUACACCUCUACUUGUGUCUCCAUGUUUGAUUUUGAACUUAACCUUGUGAUUUAUGGAGAAUUGGGUGUUAGGGUGCAUGUUUAGAGAACCACUUUGAAUUAUGUGAAUUGUGUGCAAUUGAUUGAGGGGAAAGCUUGGUUUGUGUGUGAAUUGUGUUGGGAAAUGUCCCCCAUGCUUGUUUGAGCCCUUGUGUGCAAGAAAUUUGUCAAUUUCAUGCUUAACUUAAUAGUGCACACAAGGUGUUCGAUGAAAUGCCUGUUUUCGUACCAUUUUGUGGGAGCCGGUUGGGGCCCUUAAUGAUGUGCUUUGAGGGUGUGUUUGCUAUGGAUGUGAACUUUGAGUUGCCUACUUUUUCAUGGAUGUGCACCCCCACCCUGAUUAUGCUUGUUUGAUCGAGUUUUUGACCCCCGAACUAUGGAUGAAACCAUGGUUCGGAUGUUUUCUGUUCUUAAGUGUGGGGGUGUGAUUAACCUUUCAUUUGGCUCUUUUGGUUCCACUUUGGGUUGUUCUUUUGUAGGACCAUGACGAAACCCAACCUCAAGCACCCGUUUAUUCGAGAUUUGAAGAGGGGCCCCCACCAGGAGCGUUUUAAGCGCGUCCUGGCCUGCUCAUUUGGGCAGCAUCAUUGCUGGUCCAGGCAGGAGUUUGAGAAGCUGCACUGCUACGAGCACUUCUCCGCCAUUGUCACCAACCGCCCCUGGCGCCGUCUACUAUGCAUUCGCGAGAAGGUUUACCACAAGCUCGUGCUUGAGUUCUAUACGACCUUCAAGCACGAAGAGACGGAGGAUUGGGCAGACGGUGAAGCCGUCCAGUUCAGGCUCGGCGGUGCACCCCGCUCCAUGAGCUACCAUGACUUGGCGACUGCCCUCGACCUCGGCCUGACCGAUGAUAGGGACUACGUCACCGAGCCAGAGGGGGUGAACUUCAAGACACUGUACACCCGCCUCGCUCAGCCACGCCAACGUCCCUUCGUGGCGGGGAAGAUGAAGGCCAGCACCUUGCAGCUCGACAAACGCAUUCUCCACCACUUGCUGGCAAAGUCCUACACUCCAGCCUCGGACAGUGCCAGCGCCAUCACCAGGAGAGCCAUGUACUUCAUCCAGUCCAUGCGCCAGGGGGAUCAUCUUCUCCACUUGGGUUCUGUGGUGGCGAGAACCUUCGACAAGAGUGCUUCAGAGCUGAAGAGCCUCCACUGCACUCCCCUCAUCACCCGUCUGGCCACCUACUUCCAGAUAUCACUGCAGGGGUGCACAGAGCAGGGGGACACCAGUGUCUUCGGAAAAUAUACGAUCUCUCGCAUGCACCUGCUUCGAGAAGAGCGAGGAGUCAAGUGGAUCGAGGGGUUUCCUCAACCUCAGAUCCCAACGGAGGACCAGCCGAAGGUUCCUGAGGAUGCGGCUGAUGAGGAUGUCCACCCCGAGGAUGUGGGUGAUACUGCUGCCGCCCGCCCGACCACCUUCGAGUACGGGGGUGGCAGUUCCACUUUCCCCGGCCAGGACUACUUCACUCACCAGUUCGAGCAGUUGCGUCUCCAGAAUCAACAGCUCUUUGACCAUCAGCUCCAGUUCCAGCAGCAGUAUUCGGCUCACCAUGCCUAGUACCAGACCCGGAUGGCUGCUUAUGAUGAGCGUCUUGAUCGGAUGGAGACCCAACAGGGGGUGACCCUGGCUCGCAUCGAGAGGGAGCAGGCCCGAUCUCGGCGCAUGCAGGAGGUCCAGCAGCACCUGCUCUAGCUGCUACCGGGCGAGCAGCCAGUCUGGAGGACUCCUUGGGAGGACUCUCCCCUUCCACCCCCGACUGCCGGUGAUGACGCCUUCAUGGAUGACAUAGACUUCGACAACAUUGGCGAAGAGUAGUCUGUACUCGUAAGCCCUCAGUGUGUUUUUGUUUUAGACUUUUUAUGUUUGCUCCAUGUGUUUGAGGAGCUUGACCUGAGUCUGUCGUUUGUUUUUGUCCUUUUGGUUUUCUUUUGUGGAUUGUCGUUUGUGUGGCCAUCUAGGCCAACUCUGAUCCCUAACGCACAGUGUGCUAGUGUGUUCUUGAUGUUCCCUUAGUGCAGAACUGUUCGUUCGUUCCAUAUGUCCCCCGCUGACUGGUCCACUUUCAGUCUUCCGCAGUAUUUCAAUCCGGUAACAUCGUUCCCCUUCUCUUCCCCUCUGCUCCAUUGAGGGCAAUGUCGUGCUUAAGUGUGUGUGUGUGGGGGGGGGGUGUUUAUCUAUUGUUAACUACUAGAUGAGUUUGUGUGCUUGGAGCCUAGUCCGCUGUCCAAAUCUCGAGAUUUGAGGGCUCCAAGUACGGCUGUUUGAUCAUAUUGGUACUGUUUUUUGAUUGGUGAAUUGAAUGGUUUUCGAAUUAAUGCAUGACAAUUGGAUUGUGACUAGGACAGCCUAUUAUGAUGACUGAGACGUGCAGUAGAGUUGUGUAGGGGUUCAGUUUUUCAACUGUUUACUUACCAACUGUGACUUGGAUGGAUCACUUUUUCUUGACAGUCGUUUAUGCAUCUUGUUCAGGGGAUCAGAAUGAGAGAUAGAGCAUAUAGGUAGCCAUGUGAGAUUUGAGCCUGCUCGUUUCUUUCUUGUGCGAUAGUUCCCUCUUCCAUGAUGUGUAGCAUUCACGUUGUCAUUAGCUAAGAUGAUGGAGACAUAGGAUUAGCCCACGACCAAAUUGACUGUCCUGGUGUGUCAUACCCCCUAGUCAGCCCCUUUGAGCCGUGUGUUAUCCUUUCUUUUGGUCUGUAAUGAAAAAUCACCCUUUUGCAUCUCUUAGAAGGUUCCAUAGAGUGGUUUUUACAUGUUCUCUGCUGUUUCUGCUAAAUAUAAUGUGAGGGUUGGAGGUAGUUCUUAAAAAGUUGGGCCUGUGUUUGAAAAAUGUGCAGAGGUGGUGGUGCUCUUAAGAAAUGAAAAAAAUGAAAGAAAAACAAAGAAAAAAUGAAAGCAAAAGAGAGCCACCACCAAAAAUCUAAAUAGUGCCCAUUAAGUAGUGUUUCUUAGCAGUCUGGCUUGGAAAUACUAGCAUUUAUGUGACCUCCUUUGCUCUUGUGCUCUGAAGAAUUUAAGAAAAUGCUGAAUAGCAGAAAGAAAGUUAUUGGUUUGAUUGACUGUGAGUUUGUUGGGUUUGGAAAUGUGGAACCUUGUGCUAUGAAUACUUCCACCACCUAAAAGGUCUUUUCCCCAUGUCCAAGACCCUAGCCAGUCAUUUAAACCUGUGUCUAAGACCUCCGGAUUAGUUAGUGAUGACAACCAUUUAUGUGAACUCUAACAUUUAGAGGUUGCCGUCAUGGUGAAGAGAUGUUAGGAAUUGAGAGAAUAAGUAUGCGCAUUUUUCGCAGCAAAUUGUCCUGACGCCACUGGUCGAGAGUGAGCGAUUCAUUUCCUUGUUCUUUACACUCUUUACCCCGGUGAGGACCUAGAUGGCUCGGUCUUGAUUAUGAUCUCUUGAGUUUUAUGCAUGAGGUGACUGUCUUGAGUAAGUGGUUGAGUCAAGUCUAUGUUGGUUGAUGAACAGAAGGGAGACUCCUCCUUUACUCGAUUUUGCUGCACUCAAAUGUCUUUUGUGGUGGUUGUCCAGGUUGCUAUUGAAGUUGUUCAUGUGUUGAUGUUUGAAAGCCAGUAUGAUUCACGUGUUUCUAUGCCUAUAUGAUUUGUCCCCAAUGUUGGUAUGAUUGAAAUAUGUGAGCUUACCUUGUGUCCGACUUUGUUUGCUUGGGGACAAGCAAACGGUUAAGUGUGGGGGAGUUUGAUAAACCGUUAAUUACACAUGUUUUUACCCCUAUUCUUGAGCCGUUUGAGAUGUUGAUUCUCGUGUUUAAGGCCGAUUUCACGCUAGGUUGUGCUUGUUUGUGAUAUUUCAGGUCCUAGUACGUGAAUGAAGGUUUGGGAGCGAGUUCGGGGUCGAUUGGACGAAGAUUGGACAUGUGGCGAGUCGCUGAGGAAGCCACACGGGCACACAUAAAACCCACACGGCCGUGUAAGGAACCAAUGUGGCCGUGUGGGAUUGUGCGAGGCUUCACACGGGCAGACUGGAGAUCCUACACGGCCGUGUGUCCCUGGCCGUGUUGGUAGCCUGAAGUCCAAUUAAUCGAAACUCGGCGUUUUGACUCACACGGGCAUCUGGGUAAGCCACACGGCCGUGUGGCCUGCCCAUGUGAGUCGGGAAUUCUGGUUUUAACCCAAUUUCGAGCCACAAGUGAGAAAAUCGACUUUUGAGAGCAAAAACAGAGCCCUAGAGAGAGAAAGUGCGAAGAACACAUCCUAGAAGCGAUCUUGGAGCUGGGUUUCAUCAAAUCGAGCUUGGAGAUCAUCAUAGGAGUGAAAAUCAUCAUCCCAGAGCAGAUUCUUCCCAUCUUUAUGAGUAUGACUGCUUUGUAUUCUGUUUUCCCCUCUCUCUCUCUAUGGAGUAGAACCCUUCUCUCACUUGGGUAUGAAGAACCCUAGUUCCAUGUGUUAUGGAUCAUGAUUGUAAUGACUUGGGAUGAUUAUACUGUUUGGUUUUAAUCGAAUGAUGCAUGAUUCAUUGAAUUGAUUGAUGUCUGAUCAGCUUUUCUUGAUUUCUGCUGCAACCUGAGAUAGAUAGAAUCUGAUUAGGUUGUGAGAGCUUCUUUAUUCGGUAGUAGUAGAUUGGCUAUACGAGAGUUAGUCAGUCUGCUGCUUUGUACUGGAAUCCAAUUCCAGUAGUGGAGUUCUGUGCUUAUUGCUUCAACUUUCUAUCCCGGUGAAGACUAGUCGUCUGCCGGGUAGUUAGACUGAGAGGGCUUGGUCAGCUUAAGAGAUUCCAAGCUACUGUCGGAACUUCCGCAGUUUAAUCAACAGUAAAUCAACCC